UUUGUUGGUGUGUCUGUGUCCGAAUCUCUGGACGGAAUCACGGAAGUGUGUCCGGAUCGACCGACAAGCGGUUGUGAAUUUCAGCUACACCCCCGCUCGCCUGUCCCCCGGCCCCUACCCCACUGGCUGAUCUCCCAUCGUCCCAUAGUGGGAGAGUGGACCAUCCAGCGGUUGAAGCUUCGAGCCUGGAAAAGGCCUCCCUUCGGCCUUUGUCGGUCUGUCCGUUGGUCUGGGUUCUCGAUCGAGUUGCUCCAUCAUGUCGUUCUCGACGGAUGAGGUCAACUUCUUGGUGUAUCGGUAUCUGCACGAGACGGGCUUCUACCAUUCGGCCUACGUCUUUGGACAGGAAUCUCACAUCUCACAGUCCAAUAUCAAUGGAGCCCUCGUCCCGCCCAAGGCCUUGAUCAGCAUCGUGCAGAAAGGCUUAUUGUACGUGGAGGCCGAGAUUGCCACGGGCGAGGAUGGCAACGAACGCUCCAUCGAGUGUCUCUCUCUCAUUGAUGCGGUCAUGCCGGAUGUGGUGGCCUCACGCAAAGGAUCGGGCAGUGGGACCGGCGUGCCCGUGAGUGGCGCCGAUAAACCAGCCGGCGGUAAUGCCGCCGGUGGCGGCGGCGUGGGCGGCAGUGGCGCCGGUCCGGUGGGACCGGACAACGCCAACGGGCCCGGUCGAGGUCUGGAGGGUGAAGGGCGGGGCACCAAUCCCGAGGCCGGUGCUCAUCCAAUGGACAUCGACGAGGGGAUUGAGAUCCCGCCUGAGAAAGCCUGCGUCUUGAAAGGCCACGAUUCUGAGGUAUUCAUCUGUGCGUGGAAUCCCAUGCAGGACUUGCUCGCCUCCGGUUCUGGUGAUAGCACAGCUCGGAUUUGGAACAUGGAAAAUUCACAGAAUGAGAUCGUUUUGAAGCAUUGUAUAUCCCGCGGCGGCCAAGAGGUUCCCAGCAAUAAAGAUGUGACCUCUUUGGACUGGAACAGCAAGGGCACACUUCUGGCCACUGGAUCAUACGAUGGUUAUGCCCGAAUUUGGUCGACCUCCGGAAAGUUAGAGCGCACUUUAGGACAGCACAAGGGCCCUAUCUUUGCCCUCAAAUGGAAUAAAUCUGGGAAUUACAUUUUGAGUGCGGGUGUGGAUCGAACCACGAUCAUUUGGGAUUCGCAAACUGGGAACGCCAAACAGCAAUUUUCGUUCCAUUCGGCCCCGGCCUUAGACGUGGAUUGGCAGACGGACGACAGUUUUGCAUCUUGCUCCACUGACAAGUGCAUUCACGUGUGCAAAUUGGACGUGAAAUCUCCCAUCAAAUCGUUCCAUGGACACACCAACGAGGUCAACGCUAUCAAGUGGGAUCCACAAGGGAAGUUUUUAGCUUCGUGUUCAGACGACAUGACGUUGAAAGUUUGGUGCAUGGACAAGGACACGUGUGUUCACGAUCUUCAAGCGCACUCAAAGGAAAUCUAUACCAUUAAGUGGUCGUGUACAGGCCCCGGAACAGCUAAUCCCAAUGCCAACCUCGUGUUGGCCUCGGCCUCGUUUGACUCGACCGUGCGUUUGUGGGACGUGGAACGGGGAGAUUGCCUGCACACGCUCACUCGGCAUAAAGAACCUGUAUACUCGGUGGCUUUCUCACCCGACGGCAAGUUCUUGGCGUCCGGUUCAUUUGACAAAUGCGUUCACAUUUGGUCCACGCAAACGGGGAGAUUGGUCCACAGCUACAAAGGCACGGGUGGGAUAUUCGAGGUCUGCUGGAACAGCCGUGGCGACAAAGUGGGUGCUUCUGCAUCUGAUGGAACCGUGUUUGUGCUGGAUCUCAGGAAAUAGAAUCGAGCCAAAUCUUGCUCCCCAGGGUAUUAAAUUGUACAACGCUAUCGACGGCAGAACAUCGCGCAUCUUUUGCUGACCGUCUGUUUCAAUGUGAAGGAAUGUAUUCCUUUCGAGUCGAUGUAUCAUCUUGAAAUCAAUUGUAAAAGGGAUGCUUAUUCCUAACCUGUAAUCUUAUGGCUUUUCCAAAACAUGAUAAGAACACGUGUACAUGAAAUAACCGUAUAUUCAUUUUGUGUUUAUGAAAACUUAACAUCAAACAGAAAAGCAAUCCUUGGAAUAAACUACUCAAAGCAA